AGUCACCGCGCAUGCGCAGAAGAGGGUACCAAAAAAAAAAGAAGGGCCAUAAUUCAUCCCGGGGAAGGAAGUCUUUUCUUUUUGCGAGACUCAAGCAGAAGAAGGAUCUAUUCGGCGGCAAGAGGAAAGGCUGCGUCAGGACUUUUCUAAUAUCUAAUAUCAUUCAAGCCUUGCAUUGCCUCUAAGGAAGACAUGGAUCACCUCUCUCCAUUCAGCAAUUUCACAGAUGACCCCUUUGAUAAGCCGCCCUGCCGAGGCUGCUCCUCGUACCUCGUGGAACCGUAUGUCAAAUGUGCCGAAUGUGGGCCGCCUCCGUUCUUCCUAUGUUUGCAGUGCUUCACAAGAGGAUUUGAGUACAAGAAGCACCAGAGCAACCACACCUAUGAAAUAAUGACCUCCAACUUCCCAGUCCUUGAUCCGACCUGGACGGCGCAAGAAGAAAUGGCCCUUCUGGAAGCCGUCAUGGAUUGUGGCUUCGGAAACUGGCAAGACGUAGCCAACCAGAUGAGCACCAAGACGAAAGAGGACUGUGAAAAACACUACAUGAAGCACUUCAUCAACAACCCCCUCUUUGCCUCCUCUUUACUGAACCUGAAACAGGCCGAAGAGAAUCCCCAGGCCGAGACAGCCAUCCCCUUUCUCUCUUCUGAAGACCCCCCACGGCCCACCUUUGAUUCCUUGCUCUCCAGAGAUAUGGCUGGAUACAUGCCAGCAAGGGCGGACUUCAUUGAGGAAUUUGACAAUUACGCCGAAUGGGAUCUAAGGGAUAUAGAUUUUGUGGAGGAUGACUCUGACCUUUUGCACGCUUUGAAGAUUGCAGUGGUCGAUAUAUACCACUCGAGGUUAAAGGAAAGGCAGCGGAGGAAAAAAAUUAUCAGAGACCACGGGCUCAUCAACCUUCGAAAAUUCCAGAUUCUGGAAAGGAGAUACCCAAAGGAGGUUCAAGAUCUUUAUGAGACCAUGCGGCGCUUUGCAAGGAUCCUGGGCCCGACGGAGCACGACAAAUUCAUAGAAAGCCACGCAUUGGAGUUUGAGCUGCGAAAGGAGAUCAAGAGACUCCAGGAAUACAGGACGGCCGGAAUCACCGACUUCUGCAGUGCGAGGACGUACGACCGGCUCAAGAAAACACGGGAGGAAGAGCGGCUGAAGCGCACCAUGCUUUCCGAGGUCCUCCAGUACAUCCAGGACAGCAGCGCCUGCCAGCAGUGGCUCAGCCGGCAAGCCGAUCUUGAUUCCGGGUUGAGUCCUUCCAUUCCCGUUUCGUCCAAUUCAGGCAGGAGAAGCGCCCCGCCAUUGAACCUCACUGGUCUCCCUGGGACAGAAAAACUGAACGAGAAAGAGAAAGAGCUCUGCCAGAUUGUUCGGCUGGUCCCUGGGGCUUACUUAGAGUACAAGGCGGCCUUGGUGAACGAGUGCCACAAACAGGGAGGCCUCCGCCUGGCCCAGGCCCGGGCCCUCAUCAAGAUCGACGUCAACAAAACCAGAAAGAUCUACGACUUCCUCCUCCGGGAAGGAUGCAUCACCAAGGCCUAACCUUGGACAACAAGGACCUUGACUCUCUUUUGGGACCGAGAUCUUGGACAAUUGCAAAGGACUGUCCUCGUACCGUUUUCUUCUCCUCUGUAACGUCGGCACGAUGCGGCUGCUAUGAACUUUGUAUAACAUGUGAUUAAAAAUCUGAAUGGGCA